CCUUGCUCGGUCGCCCCAAAUCCGCGGGAAUUCUGCCCAGUCUGGGCUCCCCGGUGUAAUCUGACCCAGCCCCAGCACACACACACACACACACACACCCUGUUUUCUGUAUUUGGGUGAAACUCAGCUGCCAGCUCCUUCACUUGGGGCAGCCCAGCAGAGGGGACGAGGCUGGUCCUGGAUGUCCCAGCCCUUCCCUGGCCAGGCGGAGCCGGGCAGUGACACGGGGGAGGCUCGAGCAGCUCCUGCACCUUCAGCAGGCAAAAGGUGACUUGGAGCCACUGAGGAAGGAUGUGGGCUUACACUGUUGGGUUCACUGUCCUGCCUCACGUCGGGGGUUUCCUUGGCUGGUUCCUGAAUCGAAAGGAAAUUCCUGACUGGUACGAGAAGCUGAAAAAACCUUCCUGGUGUCCAUCCCGCAAGAUGUUCCCUGUUGCCUGGACCGUCCUGUACACGGGCAUGGGCUACGCCUCCUACUUGGUGUGGAGUGACCUGGGCGGCUGCAGCAGCAAAGCCAUCGUCCCGCUGGGGCUCUACGGGGCUCAGCUGGCCCUCAACUGGGCCUGGCCCCCCUUCUUCUUCGGUGCCCAGAACCUGAACAUGGCCCUGAUCGACAUCCUGUGCCUGGACGGGCUGGCCAUUGGCACCCUGUGCUCCUGGUACCGCAUCAACAGGGUGGCAGCGCUGCUGCUGGUGCCCUACCUGGGCUGGCUGGCCAUGGCCACCUGCCUCACCAUCCGCAUCUGGAGGGACAACCCCGAGCAGAAGGCAGGGAAGAGGGAAUAAAGGAAGGCAUUUUGUGUAGCUAAACUGUG